GUUUUUACCGGGCGAGUGUUUCUUCAGUAAAAUUUCCUGGUACAGAGAGAUCCUCGUGAAUUUACAUUGUCCCUCCUCCACAGAACUGGCAGGAAGUGCGAGCAGAUUUUAAAAUAAGAGUUCCUUACGUCAAAAUUAAAGAAAUCUUCCGGAAUAUAAGAGAAUUUCCCGGCGAAACGAUGCAAAAGACUGAACUGGAACAACUUCAGGAGGAUUUCGAAAAGACAAGGGCGGAAAUGCAAAAGGAACUCGAAAAGCUUCCAAAAUCAUUAGAAAUGAUGCAGAAUUUGCAGAAGAAAGUCAACCUGUUGCAGGAGAAGAAUAAAGCUGUUCUCAGUGCUCAGCUGAAUGAGGAGCCUGAGGUGUCAGGGGAAACUAUUAAAGCCUACAUGGAGUGUAUUUGUAAUUUUGCAGAAUUAAUCAAGCUGAAGGAGAGCAAUGGAAGUCCGUUAUCUUCCGCUGAAAUUAAAACGACAAAAGAAAAACUGGAAAAUGAAGCAACAAAAAUCAAAAUGGUUACAGACUACCUUGGAGAGGCUUCAGCCUCCUUUGAUCUCUCAAUUAAUGGCUCCGAUGGAGAUUCAGAGAGUAAUUCAUCCUUUUCCCCCAAUAACACCUUUGAAGGGAUGUAGUUGAAGGAAGCAAAUAAAAUAUUUAUGUGAAAAAGAAAAUUUACCACGAGAGGA